GGCAGUACGGGCGGCUGCUGCUUCUCCUCAUGUUGCUCUCACGGCAGUCUGUGGCGCUGCUGGGCUCUCUCUGAGCUGAAUGAAAGGCGAUAACACCCGGCAGGGGAGAGCCUGAGCGGGCUCAGUCCAGGAAUGUUUACUCUCUCAGAAGUUGCAUCACUGAAUGAUAUACAACCUACGUACCGUAUUCUGAAGCCAUGGUGGGAUGUAUUUAUGGAUUACUUGGCUGUAGUUAUGCUGAUGGUUGCCAUUUUUGCUGGCACCAUGCAAAUAACCAAAGAUCAGGUUGUUUGCUUACCGGUACUGGAGUCAGCUGUAAAUUCAAGGAAUGCUCAUUUGUUAUCAAGUGAGAAUAGCCCUCAGGUUUCUUCAAAAUUUGAAGAGACUGCAACUGAGGCCAAAGAAAAAUGGCAAAUGACUGGAGCAACAGAGCCUCCAGAAACAUCUCCAACAAAACCAAGCUUUUCGCCCACAAACUCAGGUAAAUCUUCAGGAGAACAGCUAAACAAAGAGGAACAAGAUCCGAGAGGGAGAAAAACAAAUCUGGAUUAUCAGCAGUAUAUAUUCAUAAACCAAAUGUGUUAUCAUGUUGCUCUCCCAUGGUACUCCAAGUAUUUUCCUUACCUUGCUCUUAUCCACACUAUAAUUUUAAUGGUAAGCAGUAACUUCUGGUUUAAAUAUCCAAAGACUUGCUCUAAAAUUGAACAUUUUGUUUCUAUACUUGGCAAGUGCUUUGAAUCUCCUUGGACAACAAAAGCACUAUCUGAGACUGCGUGUGAGGAUUCCGAGGAGAACAAGCAGAGAAUAACUGGUGCACAUUCUUUUCGAAAGCACCUCUCCAGCAGCAGUGAAGAAGGAAGUCCCAGUCCAAGUACUCCAAUGAUAAACAAAUCUGGGCCAAAAUUUUCAGCAGAUAAGCCUGUACUGGAGGUUCCUGGUAUGACCAUUUUGGAUAAAAAAGAUGGUGAACAGGCUAAAGCCCUUUUUGAAAAGGUUAGAAAAUUCCGCACCCAUGUAGAAGACAGUGACCUAAUUUAUAAACUCUAUGCCGUCCAAACAGUCAUUAAGACCGUAAAGUUUAUUUUUAUUCUUUGCUACACCCUAACGUUUGUUACUGCUAUAAGCUUUAAACAUGUCUGUAGCCCUAAUGUAGAGCACCUUACAGGCUAUAUGAAAUUUGAGUGCACACACAACAUGGCUUUCAUGCUGAAGAAGCUUUUAGUAAGCUAUAUUGCACUUAUUUGUGUUUACGGCCUUGUCUGUUUUUACACUUUGUUUUGGCUGUUUAGAAGACCGUUAAAAGAAUAUUCAUUUGAAAAAGUCAGGGAGGAAAGCAGUUUCAGUGACAUUCCGGAUGUAAAGAAUGAUUUUGCAUUCCUUUUACAUAUGGUCGAUCAGUAUGAUCAGUUGUACUCCAAAAGGUUUGGUGUGUUUUUGUCAGAGGUCAGUGAAAAUAAAUUGAGAGAAAUUAGUUUAAACCAUGAAUGGACAUUUGAAAAACUCCGGCAGCACAUUUCUCGGAAUGCUCAGGAUAAGCAAGAGCUACACCUGUUUAUGCUUUCUGGAGUACCCGAUGCAGUCUUUGAGCUCACUGACCUUGAAGUCCUGAGACUUGAGCUGAUUCCUGAGGCUAAAAUUCCAGCUAAAAUAUCUCAAAUGACUGCACUUCAAGAGCUCCAUCUGUACCAUUGCCCAGCAAAAGUUGAGCAGACAGCAUUUAGUUUUUUAAGAGACAACUUAAAGUGCCUUCACGUGAAGUUCACUGAUGUGGCUGAAAUUCCUGCCUGGGUGUAUUUACUUAAAAAUCUGCGGGAAUUGUACUUGAUGGGGAACUUAAACUCUGAAAACAACAAGAUGAUUGGGCUUGAGUCUCUAAGGGAGUUGCGGCAUUUAAAAAUUCUGUAUGUUAAGAGUAAUUUGACAAAAAUCCCAUCUAACAUUACAGAUGUUGCUCCCCAUCUAACAAAACUGGUCAUUCACAAUGACGGUACGAAACUUGUUGUACUAAACAGCCUUAAGAAGAUGAUGAAUGUAGCAGAGUUGGAACUACACAAUUGUGAACUGGAGAGAAUACCCCAUGCUAUUUUCAGCCUCACCAACUUGCAAGAAUUGGAUCUGAAAUCAAACAGCAUACGUACAAUAGAGGAAGUAAUCAGCUUCCAACAUUUAAAACGCUUGACUUGUUUGAAACUGUGGCACAAUAAAAUUGUGAAUAUUCCUCAAUCCAUUUCUCAAGUGAAAAAUCUGGAGUCAAUUUAUUUAUCUAACAACAAACUCGAAUCCCUUCCCGCAGCACUCUUUCAUUUACAGAAACUGCGAUUUUUAGAUAUUAGUUACAACUGCAUAAGCAUGAUCCCCCUUGAAAUUGGUUUGCUCCAGAACCUUCAGCACUUCUACGUCACUGGGAAUAAAGUGGAUGUCUUGCCAAAGACUCUGUUCAAAUGUCUCAAAUUAAGAACUUUGUGUUUGGGACAAAACUGUAUAACAUCUGUGCCGGAGAAGAUUGGACAUCUGCUUCAGCUUACACAUUUGGAGUUAAAGGGAAACUGUUUAGACCGUUUACCCUUUCAGAUCAUUCAGUGUCGUCUUCUGAAAAAAAAUGGGCUGGUUGUGGAAGAUCAUCUUUUUGAUGCUUUACCUUCUGAAGUUAAGGAAGCUUUAAAUCAAGAUACAAAUACCCCCUUUGCUAAUGGAAUUUAGUUUGAUGCAGAUUUUUUUUCUCUGGUUUGCCAUGAUCCCCCAAAAGUAUGGGACAAUAAAGCUGCAGUGUGGAAUCAGGACAUAUGGUAGGCUCUGGAAGUUCUUAUGAACAAACCCCUCUGACAGCAAAAUGAAGGAUUUAUCACAUCAGACCAUGUAUUUUUUGUAUUUUGUUUUAAUUAUUACUUAGCCAGCAUACACAGCACUUUUUUUAACCUACUCUCAAGAUAUUUUAACCUACACUCAAGAUAUGAAAAGAUUAGUUUUGGGUGAAGGAAAUGUUCCUUUUUUGUUAUUUAAGACCAAAAAAAUGUUGACAUUAUUUGUGAUUGACAGGCAAUAUAUACACCAUCAUGUAUUUUGUAUAUUUAGGAUUUUGUUAGAAUAAAACAUGAUUUUUAUGUAA